AUGGAGCACAGGGCUGACAUAAGGGGGCACACUGUUGUCCUAGCCAGCGACCCAGAAGGAUGGAUCUUUAACUUUGUAAAGGCUGACAGAAAAGCAACAGAGACUUUAGCAACCGUGAUUUUGCACAGAAAUAGAAUUAGUAAUAUAUUUGACAGUUCUCAUGUUUUACUAAGUGCAAUUGUUUUGUUUCUUCCAGUGCCUUCACCAACAGGGACUUUAGUCACAUCCAGAAAUUUCAGAACUGUCUUGCACUGGCAGUACCCAACCGUGUCUGAAACUCCUCAUUUUGUUGUGGAAGUCAAACCUUACCACCUUGGCAACUAUACGACUGUCUCAACUUGUGUGAACAUCUCAGCUACUUCUUGCGAUCUAUCAGAGGAAAUAGAGGAAAUUUUUCUGUCUUACUGGUUUCGUAUUAAAGCCGUUGUUGGAUCACAACAAUCUGAGUACGUUGAGACAGAUGAGUUUGUUUUGCAAAGACAUGGAAAAAUUGGACCACCAAAGCUGAAUCUCUCAAGGCACGGUGCUGAAAUCAUAGUUGAUAUUUACAAUCCUGAAUUUCCAUCUGUGGAGGUUCAGCCUUGGCUUGAAGAUGUUUAUUCACAGCUCUCAUACUUGGUGAUGUUUAGAAAUAGAGAAACUGAGAACAGAAAAAAUUUCACUGUAGCAGACUGUGAGAUGAGUGAAUGUAGCCUGAGCAUCCCAAUUCCUUCUGAAGGUUCCAUGUACUGUGUUUCAGCAAACGGACAUUUUUAUGAUGAUCUGAUAGUUGGUGCCCAGUCGGAAGAAAGUUGCAUUUGGGUUCCUCCCGAGCAGGCUUGGAGUACAUUAAUUACUAUAAUUGUAUCUACAAUUGUAGUGAUUAUGGGGCUAAUUUUGACAGUACGUUAUGGCUGCAAGAAGCUAAGGAAGAAAAACAUAAAGCUGCCUAAAUCUUUGGUCAGUGUGAUAAGAAACCUGAAUGCAGACAACAGCUUUGAAUCAAGAUCAGAAGCAAAAGACAUUUGUGCAGUAAGCGUCAUGCCAGUCCCAUCUGUGAGUGUCCCAUCAUCAAUGAAUGAUGAUGAAGCCUUGCUGAAUAUGGAGUCAGAAGAAGAAGUUGUCACUCCAGAGAAUUUCAGUGAAAGAACAUCUUCUGGUCCUCCUCUGGAGGCAUCAGACAAAGUGGAAGAGACCUCUGUGCGGGAAGAUACAGAAGCACCUUCUGAUGUUGAACAGAAUCAUAAAGAAAAAGAAAGUAAUUUCAUUUCUGAUAGCAGCCAAACAGAUGUAUGUAGUAACUCCUCAGGUCCAGUGAUUUCUGACACAGAAAUUCGACAAGCAGUCAUUCCAAGCAGCUGUCCCAAGUUUUCUGGCUAUGACAAGCCUCAUGUGCCGUUAGAUAUGUUGAUAGAUGUUGGUGAAGAACAGCCUGUGAUUGCAUACAGGUCAACAGAAUAACUGGGAUAGCUGAAGUGUUUAACCAGAGCUUGUAAACAGCAGCAUUACUGAAGAGAAUGAAGAGUCUGGGCUAUGUUUUGGAUGUCUACAGGUUGUGCUUGUGCUGAUGGAAACAGCAUAGCCAGUAUGCAACUUAAUGCAAUGGAAUCUUGAAAUGGAACUGAGAAUAGUGCCUGAAAACUGUAUUAAAAACAUUGGGGAAAAAUUCAUGAUAGCCUGUCUCUUACAGAAAAGUUUGUGUGUAGGACAUGGUUUACUAUUUCUUCUCUGAACAAAAUAACUGUGUUGUUUGAACAGUACUUCAUGAAGAGCAAAGGUUUUAUUGGGGAGUGUAAAAAGAGCUGCUCUGUCAACUGUUCCCUUCUGUUUCAAGUACCUUUUCAAAGUUAAUGAACUAAAUGCUUAACGAGUCCUUGGUUAUGACAGAGAUGUGCUAGAAAAAUUCAACUUUUUUUGGAGGUAUUUUCUUCCUUAUAUUUGCAUUCUCUAAAGUGCUUGAAGAGUACUAAGAAAUCCUAGUAUUUCCUUUAAGUAAGAAUGCACUUGUAACUUUUUCCUGUGUCACUUAAGAAUUUGAUUCCGUGGCCAAGAGCCAGUUGUUUAUGCUCUUUUCUGCAACUGCAGGUGUGUACCAGAGCCAUUACUUAGCACAUUUCAGUGAGUAAAUAUUAAACCUUUUUUUUGUUUUAACUUGAAAGCACAAGUCUUGUGAUAUGAAAAGCUGUUCUUUAAAAUCUCUGUAUGGCUGCAUCCAGCUGCCUACAUGUGUUGUGGAAACGUCACAUUUUGGGUAGCUCCCAUAUAAGUGUACUAGAUGGCCCUUACGAGUGAGGGGUAGGAAAGAAAGAAGCAUGUAACAGGCACAGGCAGUUACACAGAUUCUUUGGGAAGAGGGGAAGUUUUUUCCAACUGCAUAAGAUGCAUAAAAAUGCAUGUCUUCUUCCAGAGCAUAUUCUUCCUAAAUCUUAGAAAAAUGUGGAGUUUUCUAAUAGAAACCAGCAUUACUUCCACCAAUCACAUUUUUUGCAGCAAGUAAAAAAAAAAUGACAAAAAGGCAGUAAUUUUCAUGAUAUAACUCAGGAAUCAUAAAUCAUAGAAUCA